AUGUUGAUGAUCAGGAAUAGAAAGAGGCUCUACAGCUUGAUACUGGCGUUGGCUGGUGUUGGCUUGCUUUAUUUUGUGGUGAAGGAUGUUAAGCUAGCGUUGAUGUCGAAGACUGUGAUAAGAAGCAAAUCAACUGAUGACAGUACAGUGGCACAGUUGGGAGAAUCCUUGAAGGAGAAAGUUAAGGAGACCAUCGAAGAUAAAUUGAAAUUAGACUAUUCGAUUAUGCCAUCGAUGCCCGAUCAACAGGCUAAGAAAGAAUUAGGUAAUGCGUCGUGGAAGUAUUUUCAUACGUUGUUAGCUAGAUUUCCCGACACUCCUACCCAGGAAGAACGUGAUAAACUGGAGAGAUUUGUUAGAUUAUAUGCAGAACUGUAUCCCUGUGGAGAAUGUUCGUAUCAUUUUGUCAAGUUGAUCGAUAAACAUCCCGUACAAACCUCCAGUAGAACCACAGCAGCAAUGUGGGGUUGUCAUAUACAUAACCUGGUCAAUGAGUUCUUGAAAAAAGAUAUCUAUGAUUGUGCUACUAUCCUAGAGGAUUACGACUGUGGAUGUAGCGGUGAAUGA